GUAGAAAUGAUCCUAACGAUGGUGAAAUCAACAAAUUCGGCUUAAUUAAUUGUUCACAGUUACGUUUCAGAGUUCGGGCAGCAUUGUUUACCUUUUGUUUACGUGAUCAGCAGAUCAACAUAUGUAAACAAACGUUUCUUGAACCUUCAAAGU